GCUUUUUUGGUGGGAAAACAAAGGGGUACAAGGAUUUAAGGGCCUGAAGAUGGGAGGUAUUUGACAUUGAACUGUCUGGAAUCUCGGAGGCAAAUAGCACUAACUGAGGAAUACAAAACGGGUCAGCAGAAGGAGGUUCAGCUUUGACGCUUAGUCAUUUUUUUUCUGUGAGGGGCUAACUUCUGGGAUUGCUCUAGUUUUAAAGGUUUCAUAUUUGGGUCAUGUCUCCAAACAGAACCACUGGCUCCCUCUGACUAAAAGCUGAGAUGAGCCUUGAGAGGAAUGUAGGUUGUCACCAGAGCUAUUUUGGCAAUGUACAGCCACUAAUGAUUGUGAUCACAGAGCGGGCUGCGGAGCAGUUGCUUUGCUCUCUCUUUUUUCUACCAGCAAGUUUGAUCAUGCAGCUCACACCGGCGCUGCAGGGAUUAGAGAGUUAAACAAAUGGCAUGUCGGCUCCGCUUGCAUUUUGCGUCAAGGAGAAGCAACACGGACCCCCUUUCAGAAACUCUCAGUAGCCGCGGUGAGGACAGUGGAGUCUGUGUGUCAGCUCAGAGCCACGCAGAGAGUCAGACGCACAGUUCUGUCCAUUUGAAGGUGACUCCUCUGUCACCAGGAUUUGCCAACAGUCAGUACUCUUCACUAUUCAUACCCAGGGUUAACACUGGAGGGUGUAAUAAGAAGAGAAUUCUGCAAAUCUCGCUGCAGCCCUGUGGCCAGCUGAGUGGAGAGCCGGAUGGCAAUAUAGAGGAUGGAGACCCAGGGGUUAGUGAAGUUGGAGCAGGUACUGGCUCUGACGGGGGCUCAUGCAACAGCAGCAUGGCCAGCGACGCUGGGUACUGUAGCAGCAACAGCAUAUUUGAGCCAGAGGCUCCAGAAAAGCACAGGACCAACCAGGAGAGGAGUCUAUUCUGCAAGUCCAAAGUUCCGCUGCGACGGUGUUCCUCCUUGGUUAUAUUUCCAAAGAGCCCCUGCAGCACUCCACCUGCUUCCCCUGUAAGUGCAGUGGCUCUGCCUCCUCUCCCAGUAACAAGGGGGUCUAAUCAGUCAUGUCUUCCGACGACUGCCAGUGAAUUCUCACAAGACGAUGAGGGAGUGACUUGCAAAGGGUCCACCAGCACUGCCGUGAGUGGCCAUCGUCAGCCAAAAGGAAGCCAUUCAGUCGAGUUUAGGGACACGAAACACAUGGUGCACUUUAAUAUUCCUUUACAGGAUGAACCCAAAUGCAAUGUGGAGGACAGAAGUACAGUGACUGAACUGCCAUCAGCUCCAGACAGGUCUAAUCGACACUCAAGCAGUGUGCUGCUGCAUUUUGCCCACCUGAGACCAACAUCAUCAGCAAAGGGAGCGAGGCCCAUGGCUGCGGUCAAUGUGGAUUAUCCUGAGGCUCAAUACCCAGCAAAGCACCAUGACUGUGAACUCGAUGCUCGGAAAAAACUCUAUCGCAGUAUAUCUGCGUGUUUGUUUUCCUCGGCUAAACCAUCAGAGAAAAACAAUAAUCUCUGCGUAUCAGGAAAAAGCCAAGAUGGGCCUGUGGAAAACCAUUUCCAUCAUGCCUUUCAAAGGAGCUUUUCCCUUGAGGUGCCUUACCCCAAUACUGGAAUUUCAUGUCAUGUUUCAAAUCCAAAGCUCAGCAGCCCUUGUUCUCCUCACGUACACAUCCAUUUGUCCCCUUGCUGCCCUGCAAAGUUGCCCAGCUCUGUCACUGAUGUUAACACAUGCCACAAAGAGAAAAAUGCUCCAAAAAGCCAUGGUCAAAACAUGAAGACGCGUGAUGACUUUCUCGGACAAGUGGAUAUUCCCUUAAAUCAGAUACCGACAGAAAAUCCUAACACAGAAAGGCCAUACACAUUCAAGGAUUUUCUGCUCCACCCACGAAGCCACAAGUCCAGAGUCAAAGGCCAUCUGCGUCUCAAAAUGACAUACCUGCCAAAAAACUCAGAGGAAGAAACAACAGAUCAGCCUGAGAACAUGGAUCCUGAUUGGGAACUCCUGGAGACUCAGGACAUGUCCGGUCCCAGACAAAGCCAGGUGCUGCCUCCUCUCCCCUCCGGCUGGGAGGAGCGGCAGGACAACCUGGGAAGGAUCUACUAUGUAAAUCAUGAAACUAGAACUACGCAGUGGCACCGACCCACAAUACAGGACAGUGAUGUUGAAAUUCAAGGAAGGCAGAGCAAUAGUACAAGUCCGGAGCACGCCUUCAUUACGCGCAGACAGAUCUCAGACCACGACGAGAGCACCACGCAAGAGUCACCUGAGAGCUGGGAGAUCAUCACAGAAGAUGACGCCACCUUGCAUCAAAGUAAUAACCAGUUCACAUCGCCUUCAUCCCAGGAGUCUGCAGAGUUCCAUGCACUGUGCUGCGACCUAAGAAACGUUCAUGUUUCACAGUCCUCACUUAGAGAGCAGCGCUCCUCUUCGAUGAAUCACGCAAGUAAUUCAAGACAUUCCAGUCUCCGGGAACGUGCCCACUCUUCACCUGGAGAGGAGCAUCCAGUAAAUCCUGUGAUGCUUCCAGUCUCCGUUGGGUUGCCUCCAGGCUGGGAGGAAAAGAGGGACAAUAAAGGAAGACGCUACUUUGUCAAUCACCUCUCCCGAACCACUACAUGGACCCGACCCAUCAUUCAGAGAGCUUCAGAAGCAGCUGCCGAAGCCGCUGCACAGAGUUCUGCAGCUGCAUCUCAAAACUCCACACCUCCUCCACAACCACCUGAGUCGCCUAAUGAAUCUGUUCAGCACACUCCAAGUCCAGACACCACCAUUGAAUCGGGUUCCCUGCCCACUGGUUGGGAGGUUCGCAGCGCUCCCAAUGGAAGGCCCUUUUUCAUCAAUCAUAACACAAAGACGACUACCUGGGAAGAUCCCAGGCUAAAGAUUCCCGUCCAAAUGAGGAGGAGACACUCGCUCGACCCAUCUGACCUCGGCGCCCUGCCGCCUGGUUGGGAGGAAAGGAUCCACAGUGAUGGGAGGAUAUUCUACAUAGAUCACAACACCAAGACCACACAGUGGGAUGAUCCCAGAUUACAGCACUCGGCUAUAACUGGACCAGCAGUGCCUUACUCUCGAGAUUACAAACAGAAGUAUGACUACUUCAGAAAGAAGUUGAAGAAACCAGCCGACAUCCCAAACCGCUUUGAGAUCAAGCUGAGGCGAAAUGCGGUGCUGGAGGACUCGUACCGACGCAUCCUCGCAGUGAAGAGGGCAGACUUGCUGAAGGCCCAACUGUGGGUUGACUUUGAGGGAGAAAAAGGCCUGGACUAUGGCGGCCUGGCCAGGGAGUGGUUCUUCCUCAUGUCCAAGGAGAUGUUCAACCCAUAUUACGGACUCUUUGAGUAUUCUGCUACGGACAACUACACACUUCAGAUUAACCCCAACUCAGGUUUAUGUAACGAGGACCACCUGUCCUACUUCAAGUUCAUCGGUCGUGUGGCAGGCAUGGCCGUGUUUCAUGGCAAACUCCUCGAUGCUUUCUUCAUUCGACCUUUCUACAAGAUGAUGCUACAGAAACCAAUCACCCUGCAGGACAUGGAGUCUGUUGACAGUGAGUAUUUCAACUCCCUGAAGUGGAUUUUGGAGAACGACCCAUCAGACUUGGAUAUGAGGUUCGCCAUUGAUGAAGAGCUGUUUGGACAGACUCACCAGCAUGAGCUGAAGGACGACGGUGCAGAAAUCGUCGUCACCAAUGAAAACAAGAAGGAAUACAUUCACCUGGUGAUGCAGUGGAGGUUUGUGCACAGAGUACAGAAGCAGAUGGCAGCUUUCAAAGAGGGAUUUUUUGAGCUGAUACCACAAGAUAUGAUCAAGAUCUUUGAUGAUAAUGAACUUGAGCUGCUCAUGUGUGGUCUUGGAGAUGUUGACGUGAAAGACUGGAGGAAGAACACCAAGUACAAGAGCGGCUACUCUGCCGACCACAUAGUCAUCUACUGGUUUUGGAAAGUUGUGCUGUUAAUGGAUGCAGAAAAACGAAUCCGGCUCUUACAGUUUGUGACGGGAACAUCCAGGGUUCCGAUGAAUGGUUUUGCUGAACUCUACGGGUCUAACGGACCGCAGCUGUUCACCAUCGAGCAGUGGGGCACACCUGAGAAACUCCCACGAGCCCACACAUGCUUCAACCGGCUGGAUCUUCCUCCUUAUGAGUCCUUUGAGGAGCUGAAGGAGAAACUUACCAUCGCUAUUGAAAAUGCUCAAGGCUUCGAUGGAGUGGAUUAGUGAGUGCACAGGGAGGCGGUAACACUGCAGUCAGAGUAAAGCCAGGCAUUGAGAUGUGAGACAACUCAGGUCUUAUUAACCUGCCAGCUGUGUGACAGAUGAAGGAAAGUCACACAGCCUUCACUUUGGUCCUCUGCUGGGACACAAAAGAAGAAAGGACACCAAAUGUGGAGUGAUAGAGAGAGGUAUUUUCAUAUCACUUCAAAUGUUCUACAGUUUACAGAUCAGGGUUUUAUUUUUAUUUGAUUCUUAAUUGAAAGUCGCUCAAAGGUGUAUUUACUCUUUUUGCUCUGCGAAAAUGCUCAAGUAUUAUUUAAAAAAAAAAAAAGGAUUAUGUGAACUGAUGUUAUCAAAAACAAUUACUGUGAAUGAAUGCUGUAUAACAGAAACAUCUAAUCUUGAAGAACAUUGGUUAAAUUUAGUUUGAAUCACAAAUCGCUUUAUGCUCGGCCCUUUUCAUCAGAUACUUGUAAAACUCUUUGACUUUUCACUACGUACUGUUUGGCCACUUAAAUGAAAUAAUCAAGCACUAUUUGAAAGAAUAUUUAAUAAAGACUUUCAUCUUGACUGUAGAGUCCUUCUAAGUUGAUCCGAUUGGAGGAAUGUUUGUGUACUCAACAAAUUUAAAGCCACACCAUUCCCAUUAUUUGGGAUGAUUUUCUAAAUCUUCUAUUUAUUUUUUCUCAUUUUUUAUCACUGCAUUUGUCAAGAUUCCUUCCUCAAUGAUUUCUUAUCAAAUGGAGGUUGUCACCGAAGAGGUGCUGCAUUAAUUAUUAGUUCGUUUCACAGUUGAGUCCAGAAGAACCAGACUAACUGUUUCUUUCGAAGAGGAAAAUAAGAAAAUGUUGGGGGGCCGGGGUGACAUCUUCACCAUCUCAACACCUUCAUUUCUAAAGUUAAAAAAAAUAGGAAAUUAUUCUGUUUGCCCUUUUGCAGUUAAAUUUUUUAUUUGUUUAUUUAUUGAUUAAUUAACAGUAUUUAAUGUAAUCAAACAAAUAUGUAGGAGGACAAAGUAUUUGUCAUUUCAGAGUCAUUAUAUAUUCUGGGAACUUAGGUAUGCUGUAACUUUAUUUUGAAAAUCAUCCCAAAUAGUUAGACUGAUUUAUUUUUUAUUUUACAGUGUAUUUUUUUUUUCCUGUAUUUUGCAUUUUUCAUUCCAGUAUUUUAGAAAGACUGAUGCAGUAGAGAUUAAAUAAAUGGACCUCAAAAGCAAAAAAUGUGCAGGUCACAUACAAAUUUGAGCGACUUCAGUUAAACCAAGUGUAUCAAUGCAUAAAUAGAUUUUUAUGGUAGUGAUGUACCAAUACCAGGACCAGUAAUGGGCUACAUUAAUCAGACUGUAUCUUUAGUGUAUCUGUGUAGUCCACAGAUGAUAAGUCAGUGACUGCAUGCUGUAUUCAAAUACAAAUACAUUUAGCAUCCUCCUUUGUUUUUCCUUUGUGCUCAAGUAAAGCUCUGUUUGCAUGUAAGGAGAGUGAAUACAUGAAUACUGACCUGUAUCUCCUGUGUAAUGGCUUUGUGUAAAACUUAUUAAACAAGCAGACCUUACAAUUUUUUUUUUCAUACAUGCAGUAUGUUAAAUUGUAUUAUUGCCUUAUGUCAAUUAUCAUGAAUUGCUUUUCCUUCUACUCAUCAAGGGUGUCUAAUGGCAGUACAGUGCUCUAUUUUUAAGAGUGCAAUCUUUUGUUUUCAAAAUUUGUACAGAUUUUUUUUUCUUCAAAAAUUAGAAAACACUUGUGAUGCCUUUUGUAAGAAAAUACUUAAGCAGUAGUUUUAACUACUUUUCUCUGAGCGUUUUUUUCUGAAACGUGUUUACUAUACAGCUGUCUUGUUUACAGGUCUGUGAAAAAUUAAGAUAACAUGCUGGUUCUUGUCUCUGACAACACACUUUCCUACUUACGCUUUUAUAAAGUGAAGCACUUUGUAAAUGUUCAUGAGUCUUACUUUUAAACCGUCUGAACCUGCCAGUCUUUCACCUUUGGACUGCUUUAAAUCACUCCUUUGAAAAUACCAUCAAGUGCUCAUGUGUUUAAAUGUUUACAUGUGAACCUAGCUGAAAAUAAGCACAUUCUCUUCUUUCACCUCUGUUUAGAAAAAGAUAUACCAUAUACCAAGGCCUCUAUUUGUAAUGUGUUGUAUAAUUCAAAUAUGCUAUUGAAGUUCUGAUCUCUGAAUGGAAGUUAUCCUGUGUAUGUGGUGUUGUCUAUUAAAGACAACUUUGUUUGCAAUGUAUCAAAUUUUAUUAUAUCACCUAUAAGUGCAUUACAGUAACAAUGUACAUGGAACAUGUGCACAACACUGUAGAGGGCGAAAUGAGCCGUUAAAUUCUAAUUUGAUGACUUACAGUACACCAGACUGAUAAUAAAUAUAUUUGGAAAAUAAAUAAAUAAAAAAACAA